AUGGAUGGCUGUGCUCACAACCUGCUUACUGACACUGGCUUCCUCUUUGCCAUACGGCAACUACUUCGAGUCAAAGAAGGAGGACUUUCGUUUUGGGGAUUGCCAUGUAAUUCCUUUGCGUUCAUGGCACGGGGCCAACACCAACGAACAGCUGGUUCACCUUUUGGGUGUCAGCAUUUCCCUUUUGUGAUUUCUGGAAAUAUCCUGGCGACAAGAAUGGUAUGUCUAUUGGCUUUGUCUAUUUGCAGAAGGCUACGAUUCUUUCUUGAACAACCAGAUCGUUCAAUGGCAGUUGUCUUCCCCUACCUGAUGCAUUUGAUGUCAUUCACCCAAGUUGAACCACAGCGCAUCUUUUGGUGGAUGGGCAUGUUUGGGGGAUGGUCCCAAAAGCCGGAGUUGGGCCUGGGCAAUUGUUGUUGGAUGCCCAAGCUAUUUCGUCCUAUGGAGCAUGCCCACCGUGAACAGAUCAAGAUCCGUGCUGCUGCUCAAAACCGUGAGAUGACGAAGAAGAGUGUGAAGAAGGGUACCCAGAAAAAACAAGUGACAGGGGGUCGCCACUUGAAGGAGUCAUCUGCAUAUCCUCGAGAUUUUGGCCGGGAAGUUGCAAAACUUCAUGCAGAAUCAAUGGUUGAUAAUGCACCGGUGGUGGAUCUAGCUGACCUCAUUUCUGGUGGCUACAAGGACCUACCAGCUGGCUGUGAUUGGACUCAUGGGAAUUUUCGAAGUCUACUUGAUCUUGCCUCCUACGCAGCACGGCAUGGGGGCUACCAAGUAGAUCCUGAUGUCCCUUUUCAGAUCGAGCCUUCCCCAACUGCUUUUGCCAAGUUGAAAGCUCGCCUGGAUAAAGAAGGGUGGCUGACUACUCCGUUUGAGCAGCCUUGGAUCUCGAUGAAGUCUGGAUCUGCAGUGCCUACAGCUGCAAAGAGCGCGAAGCCUGUUGCUACUCCUGCCCGGGCGGUGCCAACUAUGGCUGUUCCACCCAAAAAGAAGACUAGUUUGACUGGUCCCAGCUUGGUGAAAUCUGAGAAGGUUGAGUUGGUCAAGCCACCUCCCCCGACGUCCUUCACCCCAGUGAAAAGCCCAGAUCAGAAAAAACCCAAAGCAGCUGAGCCUCGGCAUGGUGAGGGGCUUGCAAUUCGAAGGAGCCUGUGCGCCGAUAUGGAUGCUGCUGGGUUGGCAUCUGGUGGUGAAAUAGCUCCUAGUGGAAGUGGCGCUGGGUCCCAAUCUGUGACAUCUCCAAAUGGUGUGACUUCCCCACCGGAUGGUAGCACUGUGAAUGGAUCGAAUGGUGAUGAUCGCCCUAGCUUACGCAGCUUGGAAACUCAGAGCACGAUUCCCUUGGGCCAUGUUGACCCCGUGGAAGCUGAUGUGGCAGUGGAUGGUAAGUAUAACCAGGCCCUUUGGAAAUGUUUGUUCGAAGACAUUCCUGAUAAGGAGGUAGCAGUUGAUCAGCUCCUUAUCCCCACUGCCCAUUGGUUGGACACUCGUCUUGACAAUGGUGACAUUGACUCUAUUGACCCUUUCAUGAAGGAGGCAUGUGAGAAGGCUGUCAAGCUUAGAAGCAUAGCUGAACAGAAGGAACAGAUCAUGCAGGAGAAAAACAAGGCACGUUCAACCGAACUUUCGAAGAUUGCAGUUGCAGCGGAUGCCAUGAUUGACUUGCAGCUCAAGAAGGUCAAGGAUUUUGGUGGCACUAGCCCUGAGGAAUCCCCACUCUUCAAGGUCAACAAGGAAAACAUUUUGGUUUGGAAAUCCAACAAGACCCAGUUGGUAGAAAAGGCGUACCAGUGUGUGGUGGAUGAUUGGAAGCGUAGUGAGCAUGAUUGCACCGACCAAAUCCGUGCAAUGGUUGAACUGGCCUUUUCUGUGUGGGAAAAACGCAACUUCUCUGAACCAUCUCCCGGUGUUGACCCAGAGCUCUUUGGUGAGCUGGAAGCUAUUUUGGAGUCCCAGUCUACUCAUCCAGUUACUUGA